CUUUAAUUAUUCCUAAAGAAUCACAGCGCAGCGGAGAGGGAAAGGCGCGUCUCCAACUCUCCUACGAUUCUUCCGAUCGUAGCUGCGCUUGCAAACCUCUUUCAUCGGAGAGAUCCGUCCUCUCGCUGGCGCAGCCCUAAAUUCUAUCCCGCGAUAUCUCUCCGCCGCCAUUCGGCUUCUGAUCUGCGAAAAUGGCUAAUGCGGCAUCAGGAAUGGCUGUGCAUGAUGAGUGCAAGCUGAAAUUUCUGGAAUUGAAGGCAAAGAGAACCCACAGAUUCAUAAUUUAUAAGAUUGAGGAGAAGCUUAAGCAAGUCAUUGUUGAGAAGGUGGGUGAACCUUCUCUGACCUAUGAGGAUUUUAUCGCUAGCCUUCCUGCUGAUGAAUGCAGAUACGCAAUCUAUGACUUUGAUUUUGUGACUGAAGAGAACUGCCAGAAAAGCAAAAUCUUUUUCAUUGCAUGGUCGCCUGACACGUCCAGAGUGAGGAGCAAGAUGAUUUACGCAAGUUCAAAAGAUAGGUUUAAGAGAGAAUUGGAUGGUAUCCAGGUUGAAUUGCAAGCUACUGACCCCACUGAGAUGGGCCUUGAUGUCAUUAAGGGCCGUGCUAAUUAAGGCUUUGUUUGGGACAGCUUUUUAUUGCUUCUUAAAACGGAUUUUUUGUUAAAAAAUUAAAAUUUUUUACUUAAAUUCAGUUUUAAGAAGCAAUAAAAAAGCCGUCCCAAAUGAAGCUUAAGUUUGAUGAUCAGGCUUUGCAAAUGGUGAUUUCUCUUUUCAGUAUGUGGUUUAUUUAAUGCAAUGUUUAUAGUUUCAUGGGAUGCUAAAUUUUCUAAAUGUUAUAUGGGCUUGUUAUUGUUGUUGCAAUAUAAUUCUCCUUGCUCUUGAGGUUUCCAUUGAUAUGGCUGCUGUAUUAUUUUAUUAUCUUGAAGGAACCUAUACUGAAUAUUUUGUUGUGCCCUGUUGACUACAACAAUGAUAUGUAAUAGUUUGCGGCCUAGGCUCCUAGCUGCUUAUGAAAACCUCUUGCUUCUCAUUUAA